CUUCAUGCAUUGAUCUCCACACAUCAAAACAUCCUUAACUUGAAGCAACCAUGAAGACUCCUUUACUUUCCUUCCUUUUCCUUGCUUUGGUCGCCUCAACACCCUUGUUGGGGACUGCGGAUGCUGACCCUUUGCUUGACGUCAAUGGUGAGAAGCUCCUUACUGGAACUCCUUACUAUAUCGUAUCGGCAAUCAGAGGAGGCGGUGGCGGUGGCCUGAGCCUGUUGCCUAGCAAAACACGCUGUCCGCUAGAUGUUGUCCAAGAAAAGUUAGAUAUAAAUAGGGGCCAAUCAUUACUAUUUUCACCAGCCACUCAAAAUGAAGACGGGUUCUUUAUGAAUCCACUGAUCAUAAGGGCUUACCAUAUUAUUUCACCAGCCACUGAAAAUGGAGAUGGAAUUGUUUAUGAAUCCUCUGAUCUGAAUAUCAGAUUCUAUUCUCAAGACGCUUUGUGCUUGCAGAUAGUGUGGAGGGUUAAUGACUAUGACUCAUCAACUGGUGAGUGGUUUAUAACCCGAAGUGGAGUUGCAGGAAACCCUGGAGCUGAAACGUUGCUAAAUUGGUUUAAAUUUGAGAGGUUUGGAAAUACACAUUCAUACAAAAUUGUUCACUGUCCAAAAGUGUGCGACACUUGUGCAACAUUGUGCGGCGACGUUGGCGUUCAUUUGUUGAGUGGAACAAGACGUUUGGUUCUCAAAGCUGAUCCAGGAAAUUUCUUGAUUAAUUUCAUCAAGGCUGAGGAGUACAAUUUUCUUCAUGCAGAUAGAAAUAUCAUUCGCAUGGUGAAUUAAAUAAUAUUGAUGGAUUCUCGACAAAUCUAGUUGAACCGAGUUCCUUAAAAUAAAAUCGUUGUGUGAUCCUUGGAUUGCAUGACUGUAGUAGCUAGAUUAAGUGUUGUAGAAGGUAAUGUUGUAAGACAAGGUGUUUAAAAUUAUCAUAAAUAAAAGCUACGUGCUUAAUUUAAUUA